AUGCCCCUCUUUGGCGUUCUGUCCUAUACCUUGGAUCAGUCAGUUGGGAACAAUAUCACAGAGGGGAGGGGGAAGCGGACCUGGCUCGGCCUGCGACAAGAUCUGCCACCUCAGGACCCCAUAGCUUGCUUUACUGGACUCCAGAGCCUUUGCACCCAUGUCAGCAGAGCCCUCAACCUAUGCUCUUUAAGCACCAAUGGGAGCCCUAGUGGCAUUCAGAAGAUGACACGGGUUCGAGUGGUGGACAACAGUGCCCUGGGGAACAUCCCAUACCACCGCCCUCCACGCUGCAUCCACGUAUCUAACAAGAGCAGAUUAGGCAAAGUGGGUGAUCGUAUCCUACUGGUCAUCAAGGGACAGAAGAAAAAGGCGCUCAUCAUGGGGAUCCGCAUGCCUGGCCUGUUUGAUUCUAACAAUGUGGUCCUCAUCGAAGACAACGAGGACCCCAUGGGAACCCGCAUUAAGACACCCAUCCCCACCAGCCUUUGCCAGCAGAAAGGCGAAUUUUCUAAGGUGUUGGCAAUUGCGCAGAAGUUUGUGUGA